AUGACUGAAAAUAAAUUGGUAUGGCCCACUUAUUUAACCAUCGAUUCCAUCCAACAACGGAAAAACUUUGAUCAAUUGAAUGAUAUAGAAGCUGCCAAUUUAAAAGAAGGGAUCACAAAUAGUUCAUCACCAUGGUCUGUAAGUGAUGGUAGAAUUAAAGCUCCAAAACGUCGAAAUCGAUAUUCAAAUGUAUUCCCUUUUAAUCAUAAUCGAGUUAAAUUACCUUGUACAAAGAAAAAUGAUUAUAUAAAUGCAUCAAGAGUUCAAAUUGAUGAGGAAUCAAAAUAUAUCGUUACUCAAGGUCCAAUUGAAUCAACCAUUCAUCAUUUCUGGGCCAUGUGUUUUAAUGAAAGUGAAUUGAAUAAUACUGAUACCAUAGUUAUUGUCAUGUUAACUUCAUUGGUAGAAGAUGGUAUCUUCAAAUGUAUUCAAUAUUGGCCAAACGAUAUAAAUGAAGUUAAUUCGGAUGCUUCAUCUAUAGAAGAUAAAAUCGAUAUAGGUUCAUUACGAGUUAAAUUCUUAAAGAAAUCUUAUAAUAAAGAAGGGGAUUUUUCUUUAACUGAAUUAGAAUUAAAAUCAGCAACAAAAGUUAAAAAAGUAUAUCAUUAUUAUUAUUAUAAAUGGGCUGAUGCCAGAACUCCUCCUUCAUCUGAAUCAUUACAAAUCUUAUCAAGUCAUAUUCAUGAACAUGAUAAUGAAACUACUGGAAAAAUCAUCCCUAUAGUUCAUUGUUCAGCUGGAGUCGGUAGAUCAGGUACAUUUAUCGCCUUGGAUUAUUUCUUUAAAAAUCCUCAAUUAUUCAAAUCAGAAAAUAUAGAUCCAAAUCAAUUCGGUCCUUAUAAUCCAUCUGAUGAUUUAAUUCUUAAUACUGUCUCAACCUUAAGACAUUAUAGAAUGAUGAUGGUUCAAACCAUUCAUCAAUAUAUCUUUUUAUAUGAUACUGUCAUUAAAUUAUAUAAACAGAUCAAUUCAACUUCAUAG